GGGGCGGCGCUCUAGGCCGAGCGGGAGGUCUGGGCUUCAGGCGCUCGCUGGUGGCGGACCCGGAGGCUGCUGCUGCGCGCCGGGGCUCCUUGGCCCGGAUCGAAUUCGAUCCGGAGCCGUGAGUAUGGACAAGGCCGAGCUAUGCGGGUCUCUGCUCACCUGGUUGCAGACGUUCCAAGUUCCACCCCCCUGUGCCAGCCCCCAGGACCUGAGCAACGGACUCGCCAUAGCCCAUGUGCUGAAUCAGAUAGACCCUUCCUGGUUCAAUGAAGCGUGGCUCCAGGGCAUCUCAGAGGACCCAAGUCCCAGCUGGAGGUUGAAGGUCAGGAAACUGGAGAAGAUCUUACAGAGCUUGAUGGAAUACUCAAAGGAUGUUCUGGGACAUCCUUUAUCAGAACAGCACCUUCCAGAUGUGAGCCUCAUUGGCGAGCUCUCAGAUUCUGCAGAGCUUGGCAAACUGCUUCAGUUGGUACUGGGCUGUGCUAUCAGUUGUGAGAAAAAACAGGAGUAUAUCCAGAGAAUUAUGACACUGGAGGAAUCUGUUCAACAUGUAGUGAUGGAAGCCAUCCAGGAGCUCAUGACAAAAGACACUCCUGAUUCCCUGUCACUGGAGAGUUAUGGGAACUUUGAUACACAGUCCCGAAGAUACUAUUUCCUGAGUGAGGAGGUGGAGGGUAAUGAACUUCAGCAGCAGUGCCUGGAUCUGGAGCGGCAGCUUGUGCUCCUUUCAGAGGAGAAGCAGAAUCUGGCACAAGAGAAUGCUGCCCUACGGGAACGGGUGGGCCGCUCGGAAGUGGAGAGUGCCUCAGGCCUCACGGCUAAGAAGCUAUUGCUCCUGCAGUCACAGCUGGAACAGCUGCAGGAGGAGAACUUCAGGCUGGAGAGCAGCAGGGAAGAUGAGCGGCUGCGCUGCAUGGAGCUGGAGCGGGAGGUCACUGAGCUGCAACAACGGAACCAAGCACUGACCAGCCUAUCCCAGGAGGCUCAAGCGCUAAAGGACGAGAUGGAUGAGCUUCGGCAGUCCUCUGAACGUGCAAGGCAGCUGGAGGCCACUCUGAACAGCUGCCGUCGCCGCCUGGGUGAGCUGCGGGAGCUCAGGCGGCAGGUGCGGCAGCUGGAGGAGCGUAAUACGAGCCACGCUGAGCGCACGCGACAGCUGGAAGAGGAGCUGCGCAGAGCAGGAUCCCUGCGUGCCCAGCUCGAGGCUCAGCGCAGACAGGUGCAGGAGUUGCAAGGCCAGUGGCAGGAAGAGGCCAUGAAAGCUGAGAAGUGGCUAUUUGAAUGCCAGAACCUAGAGGAAAAGUGUGACUUGGUGACAAAGGAGAAGGAGCGGCUGUUGACAGAGAGGGACUCCCUGAGGGAGGCCAACGAGGAGCUCCGCUGUGCCCAGCUGCAGCCGAGGGGAUUGGCUCAGGCUGACCUCUCUCUGGAUCCUACCCCUUCUGGCCUGGAAAACUUAGCAGCAGAGAUCCUGCCUGCAGAGCUCAGAGAGACGCUCCUGCGGCUUCAGCUGGAGAACAAGCGACUGUGCCAGCAGGAGGCCUCAGACCGCGAGCGACAGGAAGAGCUGCAGCGCCACUUGGAGGAGGCCAACCGUGCACGCCAUGGGCUGGAGACUCAGCACAGGCUGGAUCAGCAGCAGCUGUCUGAGCUGAGGGCCCAGGUAGAUCUUCUUUUCUCCCCAACCCCCUGCUGCCCGGUGCCCGAUGAAGGCCACUGUGAGUACCACAGUCCAGGGAGGCACCCUGUCGUUACCCACACAGAUUUUCAUACCUUGUCUCCCAUCCCCUCACUUCCUGUUGCUUCUCUCCCCCAGCCCACCCUGCUGAAGAGGAAACUGGAGGAUCAUCUGCAGAAGCUGCAUGAGGCUGAUCUGGAGCUGCAGAGGAAACGAGAGUACAUUGAGGAGUUGGAGCCUCCCACUGACAGCAGUACAGCUCGUCGGAUUGAGGAGCUACAGGACAGCCUUCAGAAGAAGGAUGCAGACUUGCAGGCCAUGGAAGAACGCUACCGCCGCUAUGUGGACAAGGCACGCAUGGUCAUUCAGAACCUGGAACCCAAGCAGAGGCCGCCCACUGGGGUGUCCCCAGAACUCCAUACCCUGAGGACACAGCUCUGGGAGCGGAACAUGAGAAUACGGCACCUGGAGAUGGACUAUGAGAAGAGUCGGAGUCAGCGGGAACAAGAGGAAAAGCUGCUCAUCAGUGCCUGGCACAGCAUGGGCAUGGCCUUGGAGCAACGGGCUGGGGAAGAGCAGUCUCCUGCCCAUGCCCAGUCAUUCCUGGCACAGCAAAGACUGGCGACCAAUGCACGCCGAGGACCCCUGGGACGCCUGGCUUCUCUGAGCCUUCGCCCCACUGAUAAGCACUGACAGACCUCAACUUCCUGCUGCCUGCUAGAGUCCUCCAGCUCACAUGGUACCCGGCUUGGGGCGUUGACCUUGAUUGAGGCUAUGACUUCUGCCCUUUGCUUCCUUAGAUGGGAGAGAAGGGGAGAGGCUGGUAUCAGGUGUAGGCCUAUUCUUUUUAGCAAUGUGAUUCUUAUCCUUGAUUCUUCUCCUGGGCCUCAUGAACUCCUUGGGAAGAGCCUGAUUUUUAUAUUUGAAAAGAAUAAAGACUUUAAAUCUGUCAUGAA